AUGGAUCUCGGUUUCCUAAUUCACGCUCUCAUUCCAUCUUCCAACUCCGUUGCUUUACUUGCGGGUUUCUUCGCUUACUUGGCCAUUGUUGGAUCUAUUCUUCCUGGAAAACUUGUUCCCGGGGUUGUUCUCUCUGAUUCAACUCGCCUUCACUAUCGCUGCAAUGGUUUACUUUCGCUUCUUCUCUUGGUUGGACUUCUCUGGAUCAGUGCCAAGAUGGAAUUUCUAUCUCCUACUGCCAUAGCAGAUAGUGGACUUGAGCUGCUGUCUACAACUUUUAUCUUCAGUUUUCUUGCGACCCUGGUACUCUAUUUUUCCGGUUGCAAGUCACGGAAUAAAGGUUCAUCGCUAAAACCUCAUAUCAGUGGAAACCUGAUAGACGAUUGGUGGUUUGGAAUACAACUAAAUCCUCAGUUCAUGGGUAUUGACCUCAAAUUUUUCUUUGUUAGAGCUGGAAUGAUGGGGUGGCUACUUAUCAACCUAUCUGUUCUUGCCAAGAGCAUUCAAGAUGGUACUUUGAGCAAGUCAAUGAUUCUCUUCCAGCUAUUUUGUGCACUAUACAUCCUGGACUACUUUGUACACGAAGAAUAUAUGACAUCCACAUGGGACAUAAUUGCGGAGAGAUUGGGCUUCAUGUUGGUCUUUGGAGAUUUAGUGUGGAUUCCUUUUACUUUUAGCAUACAGGGUUGGUGGCUUUUGAGGAAUAAGGUGGAGUUAACAACGGCCGCGGCUGUAGCUAAUUGCUUUGUCUUCCUUAUUGGAUACAUGGUAUUUCGAGGAGCAAACAAGCAAAAACAUGACUUCAAGAAGAAUCCAAAGGCUCCCAUAUGGGGUAAGCCUCCAAAAGUUGUUGGAGGCAAGUUACUUGUUUCCGGUUAUUGGGGUGUUGCGAGACACUGUAAUUACCUAGGGGACUUGUUGCUUGCUCUCUCUUUUAGCUUACCUUGUGGCAUCAGUUCGCCGAUUCCUUACUUCUAUCCAAUUUAUCUUCUCAUUCUGUUAAUCUGGAGAGAGAGAAGAGACGAAGCUCGAUGUUCGGAGAAGUAUAAAGAUAUAUGGUUAGAGUACCGUAAACUUGUUCCAUGGAGAAUAUUGCCUUAUGUAUAUUAG